AUGAGUUAUGAAAACGCUAAUGAAAAUGACAAAAACAACAGCGGCGACGGCUACAACAACAACAGCAACAACAACAUACAGCCAAAACAUCGGCAACAACUUUCAGCAACAUAUUACGACAUUGUAGGGCAAAUUUUAAGGAGUCUCGAAAGUGGUACCACCAAAAAAUUUUCAAAUUUAAAAUCGGACGUCGAUAGAUUCAAGUACGUUCACUCAUUACUAAGUGCUAAAUCAGAAAUAUCAAACUAUAUUCAUCGACAGCAAGUUUGUCCAGGAAACUGUCAAAAUUUUCAAAAAUUGCCAAACGAUGAUUAUUCAAAGAUUCAAUUCAGAAAAGACAAAAUGAAAGCGAAAGUGAAACGUUUAGAAGGUAAUGAUUUCUACAAAAAUGGGAAAUAUCAAGAAGCACUUAACAGUUACAACGAGGCUGUUUUGUUGUCUCCCUGGCCUCAUGAUCACGUCUUUCGAUCAGCUGACAACAACCACAUCCCACUUAAAUCAUCAAGACCACCAUCGUCUCAACUAUCGAACACAUCAACACAACAACCUGCAUCAUUCUCAACAACAACAACUACAGAAUCAAACGAUGAAAAUGAUGAAGAGUUAGCCCUAUCACUUGCCAACAGGUCGGCCGUAUACAUGAAGUUGGAAAACUUCGUUUCUUGCCUGGACGAUCUCAAUCGCUCCAUCAACUCCAACUACCCACCAUCUCAACUCUACAAACUUUACGAAAGAAAACUAAAAUGUUUUGAAAUUUUUUGUAGGUGGCAUGAAACUGAAAUAGUUUGCAAGCAACUGAAGGAAUCCCUUAAAAUAGCGAAUUUAAAAGAAAGUUUGAAGGUAAUAAAAGAAAAAGAAGUUGAAAAAAUAAUGCAAACAUGUAAACUUUAUUUAAAAAACUUUGACAAUUUAAAUCAUAUGCAUGAAAAUAUUGAUAAUAUCUCAAAAAUUCACAAAGCAGAAACAGUCAAUACUCUUAAUGAAAUAGGUGCUGAAGAUACUUCAUCAGAGAGAUCCUUCAUCACGAUCUACAACAGCCAAGAAGGUAGAGAUAUGAUAGCCACGGAUGAUAUAAAAACUGGACAAAUCAUCAUGUCGGAAGAAACAGAAGCAAAAGUUUUGCACGAAGACUACUUCAAACGAAAAUGCUACCGCUGUUUCCAGCCUUUAGAUUUCAAUAAAACGCCAGUAAUUCCGUGCAAACUUUGUUCGUUAGUGGCCUUCUGCAGCGAGCAGUGCCAGGAACUGUGCUGUGGUCAGCGGCUUGCAGAGCAUGGAGAGAUUGAAUGCAGAUUGUUGUCAUUUUUGUUGCUAGCAAAAACUGGUAACCUGGCCAGAUUGGCUUUGAGAGUUGUUCUCAUGCUGCUGAGAGGUGGAGAUCGCGAAUGUGUCAGAAGUGCGUGUGAUCGGACUCAAAAUGAAAACUCAUCUAAGGAAUGUCGUAGCCUCAAUGCUGCAAAGAACGAUGGUAAUUUUAUUUCAACUCCAAGUAGCAACUCAAACGCAAAAAUUUGUGAAUACGAUAUCACAAACGGAAACAAAUGCAUGAAAAACGAAUUUGUUCCACCUUCUCUCUUCAACCUGGUUUCACACUCUGACAAGAGGCAACCAAAUGAAUUGUUUCAAUAUUCCUUGCUGGCACUCUUCAUCGUUCAACUGCUCGACAAUGUGGUCCAUUUAUUUGAUGAUUUGAACAUUUCAGAUGAUAAUUUGUUAGGAGUAGAUUAUUUUAAACAAAAAUUCAAUCUUAACGUCUCAACAAUUAAUCAGCCGCAACAUUCACAGCAGAGUAAAAAAGAAAAUUUAAAAAUAAAAUUAGGAUCGUGCCUUCUGACCAUCCUUCAAAUUAUAACAUGUAACGGCAUUGAAAUAAACGAAACCCAAAUCUCUUGCCAGUCAUCAUCAACUUCAUCAUCACCAUCAUCAUCAUUCUCUUCACCAGAAUCAUCGUCGUCAUCAUCACCAUUAUCUCUAUCGUUCUCAGAUAUUAUUCCAACAAGCAUAGGCCUUGCUCUCUAUUCCAACAUUUCCAUGUUUAACCAUUCAUGUUUCCCUGAUGCUGACUUUAUAUUCCAGACUGGCAAGUGCAUCGUACGCUGUAUCAAACCAAUCGAAAAGGGCAAAAGUAUCAGAGUAGAUUACGGCUAUCUCUUCUAUGCUGUGCCAAAACCAGAAAGAAAAAAAGCUCUGAAAGAGCAAUAUUACUUCGACUGUCAGUGUAAGGCUUGCCUCGAAGACUGGCCAACUAUGAAUCAUUUGAAAUCAAAAUCUAACUCUUUCUCUGAGAAUUUGAAAAAUAAAUUGAGCUUAUCGUUGGAAAAUUAUGAAAAUUCACAUGAAAGUGAGAAAAGAGUUGCUGUAUUGGAAUCAAUAAUCGACGAGGAGGUUGCUAAAUUGAGAGAUGGCAUACCGAGUCGGGAAUUGAUCGGAUGUUUGUCGGCUCUGAAGAAAUGUUACCGAAUGUCGGGUGAUGUUUCCGGUUGA